UGACAUUUUUAAGUGUUUUACUUAUGUCGCAGGUGUGAUUUUUAUUGGAAAAACUGCACCCAAACUGACCGAUUGAGUUAUUCCCACUAAAGUUGUCACAGGAAGUGAAAGGGUGCAUGCUUUGUCUUGUCUCUUUUAUGCCGUGUCUUGCGUGUGGAGCACAUAAGCAUAUUAUUUUAUAAGCACAUUACCAGCACAUGGCUGGGCCAAGCUCAUGCUGAGGUGUGAGAUUAUAUCAGAUGGCACACACAGGAGGAGUGCAUACAUACAGCACACAAAUGUCUUGUUUUUUGGGUGGGAGUGAGGUCAACCUUUCUGGUUCUGGUUUGGGUAUUGUUGACACAUGCGGCAUUUAAGCUCUGAGAAUAGCGUGACUGCUUCUGCUGGCUCUGGAGGGAAGCAGGCACUUUUUUGGCUCAUUUUGAAAAAAAAAAAAAGGGAGAAAGAGGAUAAUUAUCCAUGUGCUUAACUCUUGAAAUCCAAUCCCUGACUCCCACUUGAUCCUCUGUGUAAUCCAUUGAGACAGUAGAACUGGGAAGAGACUCAAGCCGUGGAAAGCCAUUUUCCAAUCAUUUCAUGUACCCAAUGAAUGGAGACUGGUGUUUUUAUACGACUGUGACAGUGCCAAACACACACACACACACGCUAGCAUGUGUUUGAGGCUACAUGGCAUCAGAUAAAAUGGCUACUUUAAAGGCCAGGCUUCCAUCAAUGAGAAUACAGUGUAUGCACAUAUGUGAUGGCAUUUCUUUGAUCACAUCAAUAGAAAAGGGCACUGACUCGAAUAUUGGAGCAAUUACGGCAAGGAGCCAACUUCAGUCUAUCAGAAAACCACAGACGGAGAGGUCUGACUUCACUUUUGUUUUGAUUUUGGAUAUUACACUAAUGCCAAGGCAAGGCCCUACCAUAACUUGACAUUGUUGCCUCAGCAAACGGAUAAUAUAUUCAUUAAUAAAGUUGUAAAAUAUGUUUACGUUAGUCAAAGAUCCUCUAUACGACACGAGCGCUCUGCUGUUUUUAAUAACCUACUGCCAAAACGCUAAUCAAAGAUUCCUCGGAUGAUAAGUGCGCGCUGCUGUUUUUAAAGGACGUACACUACUGCAAAAAAAAAAAAGAUAGUCAAAUAUCUUCCGUAUGACAGCGCUCUGCUGAUUUUAAGGACCUACUACAAAAAAAAUGCAAGUCAAACCUGUUUUUAAAGGACCUACUGCAGAAAACCCGAAUCAAAGAUCCUCUGACAGGAGUGCUUUGUGGUUUUUAAAGACCUGUGGCACAAAUCGAAGAUCCUUUAUAUAACAGGAGCCUUGUGCUGCUUUUAAAUGACUGCAAACCAAAAAACCUGUAUGUGACAGGAGCGCUCUACUGUUUUUACUGCAAAAAUGCUAAUCAAAGAUCCUCCAUGCUCUCUUGUUUUAAAGGACGCACUGCAAAUAAUAUGCUCGUCAAAGAUCUUAUGUAUAACAGGAGCGCUGUGCUGUUUGUCUCGACCGACUACAAAAAAAAUCAUCUCAAGUCAGAGAUCCUGUAUAUGACAGAAGCGCUUCGCUAUUUUAAAGGACCGACUGCCAAAACAUGAGUCAAAGAUUCUCUAUAUGAUAGGAGCGCUCUGCUUUUUUAUGAAUGUAUUGCAAAAACACACCAGUCAAAGAUCCUAUAUUAGCUGAGAGUGCUCUGCGGUAAAGGACCUACUGCAGUCACGUCAUAGAUCCUCUGGAUAUGACAGGAGCAAUCCAAAGCGAUUAAAGGACCUAUUGCAAAAAAAGUUAGUCAAAGAUCCUGUAAAUGACAGGUGCACUCUGCUGUUUUUAAGGAGCCACUGCAUUAAACAAAUGCUAGUCAAAUAUCCUGUAUAUGACAUGUAUGACGUUAUUUUUAAGUACCGACUGCAAAAAAACGACUAAAAGCUCUGCCAUUUUUAAGGACCGAGUGCAAAAAAAAAAAACGCUCGUCAAAGAUCAUCUAUGUCAUCAAUGUGACAGGAGCGUUCUGCUGUUUUUAAGGAUGUAUAGCAAAAACACAUUUGUUAAAGAUCCACUAUAUGACAGGUGCACUCUGCUGUUUUAGAAAAAAAAAUGCAACUCAAAGAUCCUCUAAAUGACAAGACAUCUCUGCUGUUGUUAAAGCCCAAUUCAUGUGCUGUGCACUCUGCCGGAUUAGUAUAUGCUGUACUGUAGUUGCAUCCAGACGGGAACGCAUCACUAGCGAAAACGAUGUAAUACACAAGGCACACCUACAGGCACGCAGACGGAACCACGUGACAUUCCAACCCAUAGAAGAAGAACGAACGAACGCUCACAGGUCCGUCGUCUUCCGCUUGACAAGUGGAAUUACUUCUGCUAGUCAUUAUGGAGUAUGAGACAACAAACUAUCAGGAGAAUGGCGACUAAGUCCCACUACAGCGUUCCUGCCCCCAGCGGUCCUACAGGCCAGCGGGACCAUGAUGCUCAGCAGCUCCGUGGAGGUGCCCAGCCCGGGUGGGCUGAGCAGCCUCAGCGGGCUGAGCGUGGCAGCUCGGAACGUGGUGCGCUCGUCCAGCAUCUCGGGGGCAAUGUACAACCUGGAGAAGAGUCCCGGCGGCGGCGGGGGUCCCGAGACGACGUCUCUGGCUGGCAACAAGAAGCGCCGCUCCAGCCUGGGCGCCAAGAUGGUGGCUAUCGUGGGCUUGUCACAGUGGAGCAAGAGCACGCAGCAGCUAAACCAGCAUGAUGGCGGCACCAAGAAGCUCCGCAGCACAAUCCGACGAAGCACGGAGACCGGCAUCGCCGUGGAGAUGAGGAACCGGGUGACACGGCAGGGCAGCAAGGACUCCACAGACGGCAGCACCAAUUCCAACAGCUCCGACGGAACGUUUGUUUUCCCUACCACGCGCCUCGGGCCCGAGAGUCAGUUCAGCGACUUCCUGGAUGGAUUGGGACCCGCUCAGAUCGUCGGGCGGCAAACAUUAGCUACACCUCCCAUGGGGGACGUCCAUGUUGGCAUGGUGGACAGAGGAGGUCAGCUGGAGGUGGAAGUCAACCAGGCCCGAGGCCUGAUCCCCAAAGCAGGCUCCAGGAAUACGCCUGCGACCUACGUAAAGGUGUACGUCCUGGAGAAUGGAGUGUGCUUGGCUAAGAAGAAAACCAAAGUGGUGAAGAAGAAUCUUGACCCCAGCUACAAGCAGCCUCUGUUGUUUGAUGAGAGUCCUCAGGGCAAAGUCCUCCAGGUAAUAGUGUGGGGUGAUUAUGGGCGUAUGGACCACAAGUGCUUCAUGGGAAUGGCCCAGAUCCUGCUGGAGGAUUUGGACCUCUCCGCCACAGUCAGCGGCUGGUACAAGCUGUUCCCUACCUCCUCCCUGGCAGACCCGAGCAUCGGACCCCUCACCCGGCGCCUCUCGCAGUCGUCCCUGGAGAGCGCCACCAGCCCCUCGUGCACCUAAGCUGAGUCAUUCAUGCGCUCGUACUGUACAUACCACUUCAGACUGUCUCUCCAACAGCUCCACGUACAUCGCACACAUUGUCACCUAGCGGGUAUUAGUUCCAAGAAGUCAUCACCGCGACAUAUUUGACCGGAAAACGUAGCAUUUUUCCUCCUUUCCAUUCCCGACCAUGCUUCACGGUGCCAUAACCUGCAUUCCAGGGUUCCACAAUUCCAUACUUUCUAAACUCUCUAUGCCAAACUAAGAAACUUUAUUUUUUAAAACCAAAGCAAUUGUUCUUCUUCUUAUAGUCGUACAGAUGAUCUAGCGUAUGGAUAUGUAGCAGAGCCGAUGAAAGGUUACGCUUGACAUACAUGAGCUGCGAGGGGAGGGCCGAACGUUCACAUAAUGGGACGUAUGUGAGGUAGCAACACUGCUAUUGUUGUACAGUGCAGGGCUGACUUAAUAGUCUCGAUAUGCAUACAGUAUAAACAUACAUCCAGUAUAUAGCUUGGUGGCUACACACUUACUUGUCUUCAUGUCUGUAUUGGCUGCAUUCUGCAUGUUUGCUUGCAACCUUCAUUUAGCCUUUGACCAAUGUAAGCAGAGUCUAUAAUACAGUAUAGUGCCACUUUAUUUCCACUGAAGGGCGUCGGAUAAAAUAUCAAACACAUAAUCUUGCCUUGAGCACAAAGGUAUUCUGGGAAAUAUGCACAGCUCCACAUUAAAGGUCCCCUAUUAUGCAAAAAUGACUUUUUAAGGAUGUUCUGACAGUGAUAGGUGUCCCCAUAGCCUGUUUAGAACUGCUAAAUGUGAGCAAAGUCUAUCAUCACCUUCACUUUUGAGAGAAGAGGUGCGUUCGAGUUUUCAUUACAUAAUUUGCGGACAUACAAAGCAGGCUUUGCUACACGCCUUAAAAUAAAGCCUCUAGUUCUGCCAACUGGGUUUUUAUGACCUCACGAAGGAAAAAAAAAAAAACUCCUUCCUCAUGAACAUGAAAAAAAAAAAAAGAAAGAAAGAAAAAAGAACCAGGCUUCGCUACACAUUUUAAAAUAAAGCCUAGCGCUCUGCCAGUCUUGUUUUCAUGACAUGUUGAAGAAAAAAAGUCCCUCCACGUGGACAUGAUCAUGUCCCGUAUAAAUGCCCACCACUUCAUGGAGGACGGAUUUGCACCUUUAAAAAAUAAAACAACCCUAAAAACAGGUUUCUCUACACAUAUUAAAACAAAGCCUUGAGCUCUGCCAACUGGGUUUUUAUGACAUCAUGAUGGCAAAAACUUCUUCCUCAUAGACAUGAGCCCGCCCCGUGUACACGUUAACCACUUCACGGAGGGCAGCUUUGUAAAAGAGAGAGAGAGAGAAAAAAAAAGCAGGCUUCGCUACACGUCUUAAAAUAAAGCCGACUGCUCUGCCAACUAUCCAUCCAUCAGUCAGCUACAGACGUGGGAACUGUAAGUUUGAUCAUUCUGUUUUUCUUCAGCGAGCAGGCUAACCUAGCAUGAUGUUGCUGUUACAAUGUGAGUAUAAUGUUAGCACUGUAGCUCUCAUAGCUAUGCUAGCAUUGCUAACGUUUGUGUCCUCCCGUCCCUCUCGUUAAUGUUACCUUGUUGAAUGAUAUACGUGUAUGGCAUCUAUAAUGUCGGCCAAGUGGAGAGUAAACCGCGUACGAUAGCGCUUCUCGGAGGCGUGGACAAACACAGCUCGUUAGCAUUAAAGCUACAUCAAGCUACAUUAAAGCGCAUCAUCAAUUACAGCAUCAAGGCAAGAGUUCAGGCAACUUAAAAUAGUUGAAACACGGCAUAAUAUGGGACCUUUUAAAAAGGGUGCAUGUGCUCCCCAGGCAGGAUGAGGUAUCACUCGUAUCUUUUUUCUGUGCACCAACAUUGCUCUUUCUCAGUAUUGGAGGAAAUAAGGAGGCCUCACACCCACACUUGAUACCCAUGACCUUUAACCCUUUCUCGACUGAUGCUAAAAGUACAAAUGUUUGAUUCCGGUGUAGAUGAGUUUGUUUUCCAUACAGCACUUUAUUGUAAAAUAAUAUUCUCCUACACACUUUUAUGCUUCGCUAUGUGAUUCUUUUAAUUGAAUGCCAGCAUGGAAUCGUAUCUGCACGUUUGUUUGUUUUGAUUCGUUUUUUUUUUUUUUUUUUUUUUUUUUCCAUUGAUUUUUGAACAACAACAACAGGGCAGUUGAACUUGUAGCACUUUCUCGCCAACGAAUUCCACACAUCGAAAGGUGUAGCAGGAAGUUAAAUGGAGUUCUUUUAGAGGAGAAAAAAAAAGAAAAAGGCAAAAAGAGCAAGCUAUUGACGUUUACUGUUAUCAAUCGAGUGACUGAAGAGUCACAAAUGCAUGUUUUCACAAAGGUACAUUCCGUUUAUGAGCACUGAAUACGCGUUAGCAUUUCUACUUCAUUCCUCUUGGAGGCUUUUUAUCCUCACAGCCAACAAAAAUCUCACUGAUCUCAAUUUUCUUGACCUAUAAUAUUGUAUGGUAUUUCAUAUAUGUGUAUAUAUAUAUAAAUAUAAAUAUAUAUAUAUAUAUAUAUAUAUAUAUAUAUGAAUUGUAUUAAUAAUGUGUGUCUUUUUGUGGUCAGAUGGCAUGAUAAUGUAAAAUAAGUACAAAUACUGUAUUUGCACACCAAACUUUUUUGUGUGAUUCCUAAAAAAAACAUCUUUAAAUCUCAAUUUAUCCCCUCGAAAUCCAUGUUCACUGCUGAAUGUUUACUCCUUUGCAAAAAAAAAACAAACAAACAAAAAAAAACCCUGAAUAUUUACUGUUACUUGCAGUGUUUUGGAGCUUGUAUGACAGUCUUUGCUUGUGUAGCGAUCCCUUACAAGAACAGAGAAGUCGAGAGGGAAACGACUCGGCUUAUUCAAGAGCACCCUUUUGACUCCCGCAACCAAAAGCAAAGUGAAAUAUUGCCUUUCUUCGACGUGGGCUGUGAGUGUGUGCGGUGACGAAUGAGCGUGAGGACUGUAAGAGUGAAGAAUUGAAACAUGUAGAUAUUUUUCAUUGAAGCCAAGAUCGGUAAAGGACGCAGGUUUUGUGGAUGUGAAGACUUUCUGAAACAUUUAUAUGGCUUAAUUAUCAUGCGUUACCAUUUGUCUCUCUUGAGCUGCGAGUUGUUAAAGCGGCGGUAACCAUUUGAAUGUCAACGCACUGAAACGGGUCUAUUGUAGACGUGUGAGGAGGUUUUGGGGUGUGUUUUUUUUUUGGAAGCAGGGGUGUUCGGAGUUUUUCUACCAGGAAAAACUGAAGGAUGCCGGGGGCCACUUUGAUACAUUUUGUGCGUUUAAGAUGCUGAAACCAAUCCAGUGUUGAUAAACAUCCAUCCCACUUAUCAGGGGCCAUGUUGCGGGGGCUGCAUGUUCAGUAGGGAGGACCAGACUUCCCGGUCUCCAGUUCCACCAGGGGGGACACCAAGGCGUUCCCGGGCCAGCUGUGUCCUCGAGGUCUACCUCGAGGAACCUCGUUUUUGGUGUUAAUUUGUUCCAAAUUAUAAGAAACGUAUGAAAACGGAGGUAUUUUUAACCCCCAGGAAAUAAUGUCAAUUCAAUUAAUCUGUUCCAGACACCGAAAAAAAUCUAUUUAUAGAGCGUAAUUCUAGUUUCACAAGCAGAAAACAAAAUCAUAUCCGAUUAAUUUUUGUUGUCGAUUUCACGGAAUGCGGCACGAACACCGAGGUUUGGCCGUAGCCUAUUAAUUUUCGUUGUGGGAUAUGCCAAGGGACACUAAAAAAAACAGAUGGGACGGAAAAUGUCCCCCGGGCCGCCAAACCGAGACGUUCCCAGGCCAGCGUGACAUAAUCCCUCCACUGAGUCCUAGGUCUACCCCUUGGAACCUCGCCUUUUGUCAUUCAUUUGUUCCAAAAUGUCCGAAACGUGUGAAAACCCAGGCGAUUAUCCCCCUAGAAAAUGAUGUAAAUCCAAUUAAUCUGUUCCAGACACCCAGAAAUUUACCAAAAAAUAAUUUUUAAAAAGAAUAAUUAUAGUUAUACAUGCAGAAAACAAUGCAAAAUAGUUUUAAAUGACAAAUGGAUGGACCCUAUUGUUGAUGCAGACUUCCCAUACAUCCUGGAGAGAUGGAAUUCACUGGUGUUUCUCGCCUUCUUUAUCAAAUUGCUGGCACUUGCAGCUUUCUUUGGCCCCGUGGCGGGCUAUUUAGCAGUCGCACAAUAACAAAUGCAUGGACAGUGACUCGGCAACGCGGAGGUUGCUUUACUUGGGCACUCGAUUUCACAGAACGCAGGACGAUACAGCACAGGGCAAACGAUCAUACAAAACGUUGACCGUAUCGCAUUAAUUUUCGUUGUGGAAUAUGCCAAGGGUCACUAAAUAGACACGUGGGCCGAAAAUGACCCCCGGGCCACCCUUCGGACACCCCUGACGUAAAGCUUUCUGCCCCCUUGAUGAAGACUUCUCGUUAAUCUGAGGUUUGAAUGUCCACAGCCACCAUUUUGCGUGCAAAAAAGCGUACUGUAUCUUCAAUCAACCUGUUGAAAAUGUAUUUUAUUUUUGUAACCAGAGAGGCGUUAUUGAGGGGAGGUUGUGUGUAAGAAGAUGAGGGCUUGUUCAGUUUACAAUGGCCUUAUUAUUAUAGUUAUUAUUAUGAUUAUUAUUGUUAUUGUAAAGGAGACAUCAAUGCUUCACUUUAUUGUAGCACACAAAGUUUUGACAAAUGUAUUUUGCUUGAAAUAUUGUUACUGGAGUUCUACAUACGAUAUCUAUAUACAGUAUAUACAGUAUGUGUGUAAAUGUAUAGUUUUAUGAAUGUAUUUCUUAACCAGUGUACAUUUUAUGUCUUUUACUUUUACGGUACUGUCUUUUUAGACUACUACUUGUACUCUACUGUAUUAUUUGUGUAUUCCCUGAGAAAAACAGCUCAGUGGGUGAAAUGAGCAUGAAUUAACUCUGGCAAAAUUCAUUAGAAUUUUCGUGUGAUUGCCAUGAAAGGUUUGCUCCACUCUUUCCUGCACCGACUAUCAAGCUGACGGAAUUUGACUUUUGUACGCGAUAUCGUUGACCGCAUGGUGAUGCUGAUGAUCGUUCUUGUAUUUAAUGGCUGAUAAUGUGGAGUCAUUAUUCAGCUGAGGAGGCCCAGCAACAGGAGAUGUUGAAGAGAUGCAAAGUAUCCUCAUUUUAAAAAGAAAAACUCUGUAGCUUAAAUAGGGCUUCUGGAAACUUUCCAUGGCAAGUUUAGCGGAGGAAUUAUUGGAAGUGUUUAAAUCCUAACGUUUUUAGCUGGACACAUUUAACAUUUUAGUGGUAAACAAGAGGACAUUGUGGGGAUCAUUUGUAUUUUUAAUAAGAAAGCAUGCAUACUGCAGUCUAAUAAAGUGUUUUGGACAUUUUUAACUUGUGAAUCCUACUAUAACUAUUACAAAUAAUACAGUAUUAAUAAUAGUACAAAAAACCUCUGAGUGUUAAAAUAAAGUUCAAAUGUUUAAAAAUGAGAAUUUACCAAUUUAAAUAAAAAUUGUACUUUUGCUUGGGAAUGUACGACAGAGUAUCAGGGCCACAUUGGGAAAAAACAAAUCUGAGAUUUCGAGAAUAAAGUUGUACAUUUUACGGGGAUAAAGUCGGAAAUUUACGAGGAAAUAAAAUUGUAACAUUGCGAGGAUAAAGUCGUACAUUUACGAGAAUAAAGUCGUAAUAUUACGUGUCGCCGUGUCGUACGUGUCAGAAGGAAAAGAGUGUCAGAGCCACAUUUGGAUUUCGAGAAUAAAGUCGUCAAUUUUAUGGGAAUAAAGUUGUAAGUUUACGAGAAAAAAGUCGUAAAUUUACCAGAAAAAAAGUUUUAAUAUUACGAGAAUAAAGUCGUGAAUUUACUACAAUAAAGUCGUGAUAUUACGUGUCAUACGUGUCCGAGGGAAAAUAGAGUAUCACGGCCACAUUUGGGAACAAAAAAACAUUUGGAUUUCGAGAAUAAAGUCGUCAAUUUUAUGGGAAUAAAGUUGUAAGUUUACAAGAAAAAAGUCGGAAAUUUCCGAGAAAAAAAGUUUGAAUAUUACGAGAAUAAAGUCGUGAAUUUACUACAAUAAAGUCAUAAUAUUUUGUGUCAUACGUGUCCGAGGGAAAAUAGAGAAUCAGGGCCACAUUGGGGGAAAAAAAAUUUGAUUUCGAGAAUAGUCAUCAGUUUUAUGAGAAUAAAGUUGUAAGUUUACGAAAAAAAGUCGGAAAUUUCCGAGAAAAACAGUUUGAAUAUUACGAGAAUAAAGUCGUGAAUUUACUACAAUAAAGUCGUAAUAUUUUGUGUCAUACGUGUCCGAGGGAAAAUAGAGUAUCACGGCCACAUUUGGGGAAAAAAGAAUUGAUUUCGAGAAUAGUCAUCAGUUUUAUGAGAAUAAAGUUGUAAGUUUACGAAAAAAAGUCGGCAAUUUCCGAGAAAAACAGUUUGAAUAUUACGAGAAUAAAGUCGUGAAUUUACUACAAUAAAGUCGUGAUAUUACGUGUCAUACGUGUCCGAGGGAAGAUAGAGUAUUUGGGGGGGAAAAAAACAUUUGACAUAACCUGUCAGUUUCCUGUCAUGUAAAUUCCUGCCGAAUGAGUAUCAGAAAUGAAAUAAAAUCCAAAUAAUUCCCAUGGAAAGUUUUCCCAGAAUGAUGCAACCCUAAUCCUAAAGUAGCACGAGCUUUGGCUUUUGUUUCCACAGGCAAUAACUAUUGAGUGUAACCUCUAACCUGCUCACAGGUCGUCAGCGGCUGUACUUCAGGUUGUGCGGCUGACAAAUUAAGACUUCCAAUCCCAUUUAGAGGCGCCUAAGGCAGGAACCAUAUCUGCUAUUUUUUACUCUGUCCUUUAUUCUGGGCUCCUUUAUUGCCAGUGUAGCAGCUUUCAUGUGAACAGGAACAGACAUGAUGCUUCUUUGUUUGUUUGUGUCACUUUAAGUGUCAAUUUGUCUUCAUCCAUGCUGCUAAAUGUUCCAAAAAAAUCACAGCACAGGUUUCCCAAGUAGCCAUUUUAAGCCCCCCCCUUUAAGCAAACCACCCCCCCACCCACAGUGUCUAGGUCAAUUUCCCAAGCCAGCAAAGCACAAGUGUCCCUGAAUACAACAGGACAAAACAAGUUGAUUAAAGAAACACAAGCACACACACACGCACACACACACACACACACACACACAAAAUGAAACAUUGAUCCACAUUGCUGGUGUUGGUGGUCCUCUCUAAACAGGCCUUAUAACAACCUUUCCACUGAGGUGUUUGCAAAAAAAAAAAAAAAAGGACGGCGUCACAUGGGAGGAUGCAUUUGAUGGCAAAAAUAGAGCGAGAGAAAAAAGGGAGAAGCUGUAAUUUUCUACCCGUGCUUUGUAAAUGUUUUCUAUGUGCAGUAUUUGAUAAUGUAAAACUGGUAUUUUUGUGGUUUGUACGCUGCAAAAUUGAUGACUUAAGGUGCACGUAGUUUUUUAAGAAAACACGACAUAAACUGAGGGGUACACACACACACACACACACACACA